AUGGGGUGGUCAAAGUCGACGCGGAUAAAGGUGAUGCUGGGAAUUGAUACCGCGUUCUUCAUUCUUGAGCUGGGUGUUGGCUUAGUUGUUGGGUCUCUAGCAUUGAUGGCUGACGCUUUUCAUAUGUUGAACGAUAUCAUUUCUCUUGUUGUUGGGCUUUGGGCUGUAACUGCGGCUCGGAAGUCGUCGACAGACAAGUAUUCAUUCGGUUGGUUGAGAGCGGAAAUUCUAGGCGCAUUCUUCAACGCAGUAUUUUUAAUCGCCCUUUGCCUUACGAUCGUCCUCGAAGCAGUAACUCGUCUCAUCGAUCCCCCUGAGAUCAGCAACCCGAAACUUAUAUUGAUAGUCGGGUCAUUGGGUCUUGCCUCAAAUUUCGUCGGGUUCUUGGUUCUGGGAGGACAUGGCCAUUCUCAUGGACCAGCAGAGCAUGACCACGCACACGGUGACGAGGUUACGGCUGCUGAGGAAGGACACAGUCAUGCUGGCGAGCCCCUAUAUCGUACCAGUGAUGAUACCCAGGAACCAGUGGAGAGCAAUAUAGGGGAGGUGUUUCCAGAAGCGGUCCUUGCCAAAGCCAAGGCAAGAUCUUCCCAUAUCCGAUUUACGUCGUCGCACGAACACGGCAGCGGCUCGAAGGUUGCGUCUAGUCUCCGCAAGUCUAUGAGCGCAUCACCAUCUCCAAGGAAGCAUCGAAGAAGGACAAACAGCCGUGUACGCAAUAUCGAUGAUAUUAGCAUCCAUCCAUCAAGCUUCAGACAGGAUAUUCUCGCUGUGACCAGACCCCAGCCUAGCGAGACGGAGAGUGAGGAUAGUAGUACCGGGGCAGAGGACGAUGCUGUUCUCGAAGACGGAGGAACGCCAACAGAGACCGCACCUCUGCUUUCUAAGUCAAAUGGAAAGUCAAAUGGCGCUACUGAUUAUUCCCACAAUCACGAACACCGCCAACGUCUUACAGGAAGGCCAAGGCAUGACUCAUGGCAUGCCACUCAUAAUCACAAUAAGCCAAAAAAGCGCUCCAAGGGAGGCCACGGCCACAGCCAUUCUGAUAUGGGGAUGAAUGCCAUGGUUCUUCAUGUCAUUGGUGAUGCUCUAGGAAAUGUUGGUGUCAUUGCAUCUGCCCUUAUUAUCUGGCUGUCAAGUUGGUCUGGACGGUACUACGCUGACCCGGCCGUUUCCCUCUUUAUUGCACUUAUCAUCCUAAACUCAACAGUUCCUUUAACAUCAGCAACUGCCAAGGUCCUUCUGCAAGCAACACCCGACCACAUUGAUGUCACCGACAUUAAAGAAGAUAUCCAGAGCAUCCCAGGGGUUGUCAGCUGCCAUCAUGUUCACAUCUGGCAGCUUAGCGACACACAGGUCGUGGCAUCUAUGCAUAUCCAAGUCGCGUUCCCAAUCUCGGAGGCAGCCGGCGAGAAAUAUAUGGAGGUCGCAAGAGCUGCACGGAAGUGCCUGCACGCAUAUGGCGUCCAUAGUGCAACGAUACAGCCCGAGUUCUGCACAGACAAAGCUCAUGACCACGUUAUUGAAGGCGGAGUCGUGGGUCUCGACGGCAUUGUUGGGCAGCAGAGAUGCGGUCUCGAUGAUGAUGCUUGUUUAUUAGAAUGCAUUGAUGACUGCACAAAGGGCGGUUGUUGUCCCCCCUCACAGUCUGGGUCUCAAAAUGGUCACGAGCAUUCGGAUCAUGAGGGACACAGCCACUAG